AUGCUACCACAAAAGCUUGGAGAUGACUUCAAGUCGAGCAAAAUUCACCAACUUCGGUCACCGUUUCAAUACAAUUGGGCAAAUAAGCUCAACUGCGGUUGGAUUCAGGUUUUCGCCGCUCUUGCUUCUGACGACCACACGCUAGGCCACGAAAUGGCCACGCUAGGAAGUACCGCCCUUUCAUACAGAGACUGUGAUGCGUGGUUGGUCGACCAGCGCGACGGGAGCCGGUUGCAGAUAUGGUCUCCUUCAAUUGACCGUCUCACCAACACCAUGUUCGGUACCAUCCGACUCUCCGACUCUCAGUCUUUCAACAUCUAUUGGAGCUAUACCAAUGAUUCUGAAAAUUGUUUGUAUUCGCUCGGCGAGGUUUCUCGGUCAAUAACCGCCGCUGCAAGCCGUGGCCUGGAACGCUCGGAGUGGAUGACGCUGGCCGCAAGCUUUGCGCGCUCUCAUGGCAUGUCGUCGUCGCAAAUGAGCUCCUCGCAAGAUCGAGUGCGGUGGCCAGUAAGACCGAGAAUGGGAAUCAAACUGCGCAGAGACAACAAUGACGAACGUGAUCAAAUCCAGCUGCGAAUAUGGCGCCUUGAACAACCACCGACAUAUGACGAAAUGCAGGCUGUAGAGACAUCGCAUCAUGAUGGCCAGAGCAAUAGUGCCCACCCUUGCCAGCGUUCCCCGCCAGAUGUCGUUUUCCACUUCAACUUGGAAGGUUAUGCCGAAAAUAGUUCUGGAAGGUCUGCCGAACCAUCGAGUUCAAAUGAAGCAAGUCAGGACUUGGAAACGCGGACGAAUAUUGUCUCAGAUUCUGAUUCUGAAAAGAGUCUUGCUACUUAG